UGAUUUUGGGGCAAUAAACUCUUCUAGCUUUGCGAACGGCCUAAGAAGUUCCAACAAAAUGGGGGCAUUUUUUGACUUUUGAGGCAAUUAACAUCAAGCAGAAAAAGCAUAAAAAAUCAUCUUUUCUCUUUUUUCAAUCAAAACACGUGAAAGAGUUCAGUGAAGGAAUAAAUGGAGCUAACAGUAACGUGAUUUUUACACUGAAGAAAAGGAUCAUGGCGGCCAUGGAAGGAGGAAUCUCACAGGAAUUAACGCCAAGGUAUUAUGCCCUUUGCACCAUUGGAGGAAUGCUCAGUGCUGGUACCACUCAUCUUGCUACCACUCCUCUUGAUGUUUUGAAAGUUAACAUGCAGGUGCACCCUAUUAAGUAUUACAGUAUUUCGUCAUGCUUUACUACGUUAUUGAGGGAACAAGGGCCUUCUGUCCUGUGGAAAGGAUGGACAGGCAAGUUCUUUGGCUACGGUGCUCAAGGAGGGUGCAGAUUUGGUCUCUAUGAAUAUUUUAAGGGAGUUUACUCCAAUGUAUUGGUAGACCAGCACAGAAGUCUUGUAUAUUUUCUUAGUAGUGCAUCUGCUGAAGUAUUUGCCAAUUUAGCUCUAUGUCCAUUUGAAGCUGUUAAAGUCAGGGUUCAAGCACAACCUAGUUAUGCUAAGGGCAUGUUUGACGGCUUUCCAAAGGUAUAUGCAGCUGAAGGCGCACGAGGAUUCUACCGUGGACUUGUUCCACUUUUGGGUCGAAACAUUCCAUUUUCCAUGGUUAUGUUCUCAACAUUCGAGCAUUCUGUUGAUUUUUUGUAUCGUAAUGUUGUCAAAAGAAAAAAGGAGGAAUGUUCAAAAACUCAACAACUUGGUGUGACAUGUUUAGCUGGAUAUACCGCUGGAUCCGUUGGUAGCUUUGUUUCUAAUCCUGCUGACAAUAUAGUAGCUUCUCUUUAUAACAGAAAAGCCGAGAGUCUUGUUCUGGCUAUCAGAAAGAUUGGGCUAGCCAAUUUAUUUACCAGGAGUCUUCCUAUUAGAAUGUUGCUGGUUGGUCCUUCUAUAACUUUGCAAUGGUUUUUCUACGAUACUAUCAAAGUUUUAGGUGGACUGCCAACCAGUGGUGAAGUUGCAACCGACUUGGAAGAAGGGUCUGGCUAGAUUUAGAGAAAUAUUCUGCAGUCACAGUUUUUUGUUGGCUGUGUAUGAUUACAAGACAUUUUAUUGUAUGUAUACACAGGAGUAGUUUGCAGAAGUUUUGUUUUCUUCUUAAAUUUGUCAUUAUAGUCUUUCAUUAAGUUUGUAGAAAUAUGGUUCAGAAAACUCAAAAUGUUUGGAUGAGAUGGUCUAAAUAUUUUUGAGCUUAGCUAGUGGUUUCUGUUCAAAUCCAAUUCUUGUGAAUGCAACAAUGUCCAACUCUAGGGGAAGAACUUUGCUACCCUUGUUGUCCUAUUUGACACGAAAGAUUAGUCUUUGCAGUUGCCGAUGAAAUCAUAUAUGUUGGAACAUCUACUAGAAGUAAUGUAUCAUACUGAGAUACAGAAAGAACAAAAAUAUAAAAGAUUUAUUAGCAAUGCUUGUGCUGGCAAGUUACCAUUUUUGGUUUUGGCCAUA